AACUCUUCUCUCUCUUGUUCAUUGAUUUUUCAUCAGCGAAAGAGAAGAAGGAAGAAGAUUUUGUUUAUAGUUACUUUUGCGCUGUCUUUUUUCUGGAAUAUCUGUGGAUUAUACACAGUGUGAGAAAUAGAGAUGGCUGGAAAAGGAGAGGGGCCUGCAAUUGGAAUCGACUUGGGGACAACAUAUUCAUGCGUGGGAGUUUGGCAGCAUGAUCGAGUGGAGAUAAUUGCCAACGAUCAGGGCAACAGGACGACGCCCUCCUAUGUCGCCUUCACAGACACAGAGCGUCUUAUUGGAGAUGCUGCUAAGAACCAGGUCGCCAUGAACCCCAUCAACACAGUAUUCGAUGCAAAGCGGCUGAUUGGUAGGAGAUAUUCUGAUGCAUCUGUUCAGAGUGAUAUUAAGCUAUGGCCAUUCAAGGUAAUUGCGGGACCAGGUGACAAACCUAUGAUUGUUGUCACAUACAAAGGUGAAGAGAAACAGUUUGCAGCAGAGGAAAUAUCCUCCAUGGUACUGAUCAAAAUGAAGGAGAUUGCUGAGGCCUAUCUGGGGACCACGAUUAAGAAUGCUGUCGUUACAGUCCCUGCAUAUUUCAAUGAUUCUCAGAGACAGGCUACAAAAGAUGCUGGUGUGAUCUCUGGUUUGAAUGUUAUGAGAAUCAUCAAUGAGCCAACUGCUGCUGCCAUUGCCUAUGGGCUUGAUAAGAAGGCCAGCAGUGUGGGCGAGAAAAAUGUUCUGAUUUUUGAUCUGGGUGGUGGGACAUUUGAUGUUUCCCUCUUGACAAUUGAAGAGGGCAUCUUCGAGGUAAAGGCUACUGCAGGGGAUACUCAUUUGGGAGGUGAAGAUUUUGACAACCGCAUGGUAAACCAUUUUGUUCAGGAAUUCAAGAGGAAGUACAAGAAAGAUAUUACUGGCAAUGCAAGAGCCCUCAGGAGAUUGAGGACUGCAUGUGAGCGGGCGAAGAGGACCCUCUCAUCCACUGCUCAGACUACCAUUGAGAUUGAUUCAUUAUAUGAAGGCAUUGACUUCUACUCCACCAUUACUAGAGCCAGAUUUGAAGAAUUGAACAUGGAUCUCUUCAGGAAAUGCAUGGAGCCAGUUGAGAAAUGUCUCCGAGACGCAAAGAUGGAUAAGAGCUCGGUUGAUGAUGUUGUACUUGUCGGCGGGUCAACUAGGAUUCCCAAGGUACAGUCCUUGUUGCAGGACUUUUUCAAUGGUAAGGAGCUCUGCAAGAGCAUAAAUCCUGAUGAGGCUGUUGCUUAUGGAGCUGCGGUCCAGGCUGCCAUUUUGAGUGGAGAAGGCAAUGAGAAGGUACAAGAUCUCUUGCUUCUUGAUGUUACUCCUCUGUCCCUUGGUCUUGAAACUGCUGGUGGUGUUAUGACAGUUUUGAUUCCUAGAAAUACUACCAUACCCACAAAGAAAGAGCAGGUGUUUUCUACCUACUCAGACAACCAGCCUGGUGUAUUGAUUCAAGUGUAUGAGGGUGAGAGAACAAGAACAAAAGAUAAUAAUUUGUUGGGCAAGUUUGAACUCUCUGGGAUACCCCCUGCUCCUAGAGGGGUUCCUCAGAUCACUGUUUGUUUUGAUAUUGAUGCAAAUGGAAUACUUAAUGUGUCUGCUGAAGACAAAACUACCGGUCAAAAGAAUAAGAUCACAAUUACCAAUGAUAAGGGUAGGCUGAGCAAGGAAGAGAUUGAGAAGAUGGUCCAAGAUGCUGAGAAGUAUAAGUCUGAAGAUGAAGAACACAAGAAAAAGGUGGAAUCGAAGAAUUCUUUAGAGAACUAUGCUUACAACAUGAGAAACACAGUAAGAGAUGAGAAAAUUGCCUCCAAACUGGAUGCAGCUGACAAGAAGAAGAUUGAGGAUGCAAUUGAAGAAGCUAUCCAGUGGCUUGAUAACAAUCAGCUGGCAGAAGCUGAUGAGUUUGAUGACAAGAUGAAAGAGCUGGAAAGCUUAUGCAAUCCCAUUAUAGCAAAAAUGUACCAAGGAGCAGGGCCUGAUAUGCCUGGUGGAGGAUUCGGAGGUCCAAGUUCUCCUGACCAUGGUACAUCUGCUGGUGCAGGUGCUGGUCCGAAGAUUGAGGAGGUUGAUUAAAUUGAAAUGAAGGAUAGCUUUGACUUGAUAGUUUAAGUGUCAGGAAGUUGUGCUUUUUAGAAGUUUUUAGUUUGUAGGGUUAAUAUUUGAAAUACUCACCUUGAUGCUCAGAAUGUUUUUGAGUUUUAAUGCAAUUAAUGCUUGUAGAAUUUUCAUCUGAAAGUGCUGUUCUUUGUUUUUCUCUUGGAAAAUGGAAUUUGAAUUGGGAAGUAUAUAUUCAAUAAGCAAAUUCAUAUUUAUGGA